CUGCCAGCUUGAGCAUGUUGAAGAUGGUGCUUGACAUCCGCUGCAGUAGGCUCUCGCUCUGAACCGUUAUGACAGUCCCCAGCGAAGGCAAUGGAGAGACUUCCUCAGUCCCGGAGAGCCUUUUAUCACCCUGUCCGUCUUAUCUCUUGUGAAGUUUCAGGCCUCGAUAUUGCCCUCGUCUCACUCCAUUCCCGAACGACAUGCCGCAUUGGACCGAACUUAUUGCAGAGAAGAAGCAGAGGCAGCUCAAGUCCAUUCCACAAGAGUGGCUUGUGUCUCCUCCUCCAGACUCUACUCUGGACGUGACUGGUUUUCCGGAGACGUGCGGCCUUCUAACUGCACGAGAAAUUGAGAUCACCAAUACUUCGGUGGAUGUUUUGUUGGAGAAACUCGCGUGUGGCGAAUGGACUGCUGUAGACGUUACCACUGCGUUUUACAAGAGGGCUGUUGUCGCUCACCAGCUCGUCAAUUGCCUGACGGAAAUAUUUGUUGAUCGCGCAUUAGCCCGAGCAGCGGAACUCGAUGAUCAUUUCAAACAAACAGGGAAGGUCGUUGGUCCCCUCCAUGGGCUGCCGAUCUCUCUAAAGGAUCAACUUUGUAUCAAGGGGCUGGAAACUACCAUGGGUUAUGUCUCGUGGAUUGGGCGAUACGCAGAGAAAAACGCUGUACUGGUCGACAUUCUGAUUGAGUGCGGAGCCGUGCCAUUUGUCCGCACCAAUCUUCCACAGACAGUUAUGUGGCCAGAAUCCUUCAACAACAUCUUCGGCCGGACGACUAACCCACACAACCGCUCUCUGACCCCGGGUGGGUCAUCAGGAGGGGAGGGUGCGUUGAUUGCCCUUAAAGGAAGCCCUUUGGGGGUAGGUUCUGAUAUUGGAGGAUCUAUUCGUAUUCCUUCCUCGUUCUGUGGCUUGUACAGUCUGAGACCGUCAUACGGGCGUGUGCCGUACUGUGGCGCCCUAAACUCACUCGAGGGCCAAGACUCGGUUCACUCCGUGUUUGGUCCUAUGACAAAUAGCGUCGGCGGGGUCAAAGCCUUCAUGAAAGCUGUUGUCAAUGCCAAACCAUGGCUCAAAGAUCCUCUUGCGGUUAGGAAGAAAUGGCAUGAAGACGAAUACAAUCUCGCAGACCAUGGAUCGGGCAAGGACUUGUGCUUUGCGAUCAUGUGGGAUGAUGGCGUUGUUGUGCCCCACCCGCCUAUUAGGAGGUCUCUGGAAAUCACUAAAGCGGCUCUCGAGAAGGCGGGCCACAAAGGUUUUUCUUGUAUAACUCUUCUGCUGAAUUAUGCUCAUUUGGCGAUAGUUGUUGACUGGAAGCCUAUCAAGCACAGGUUGCUUGCAGACACCACGCGGAACAUCUGGAACGCCGCCUCCAGCGAAGACUACAUGAUGACGACCUCUGCCACAGGGGAACCAAUAAUUGCGACGAUGGAGCUAGACGAUUCAGAUGCUACGGCAGCACCCUUCCGUCCGAAGAAGAUCGGUAUCACCGCAUACCAGCUCUGGCAAGCGCAAAAACUGCGCAAAGAUAUUCGAAAAGAAUAUCUGGACCAUUGGGAAGCGACAUCAUCAGAGACUGGUACAGGACGGCCUGUCGAUGCUAUCAUAUGUCCAGCGUCAUCAUAUGCAGCGACUCCCCAUGGGAAGAACAGGUACACUAACUACACCACGGUUUGGAACGCGCUCGAUUAUCCCGCUACGACUUUCCCUGUGACUACAGUCGACCCCAUUCUUGAUGCGAAGAAACCUCGUCGUGUUUUCUAUGACGAUUAUGAUGAGGGUAUCCACGAAAUGUACGACCCGGAGAUAUUCAAGAACGCGCCUGUUUGCUUGCAACUCGUAGGUCGGACUUUGGAGGAAGAGGCUAUCAUAAAAAUGACCGAGAUUGUCGAUGGUGCGCUGGCAGCCGCCAAAUAAACACACCAGAAUUUAUGCACCAAUAUGAUAUACCUUGCAUAUGUGGUAUAAGGGGCAGAAAGGAAUUGCCCUCUUGGCAAUCGACAGUGUUUUUGUAAAUGGGUUCGGUACAUAAUAAACGACCCCAGGCCUUUUAACCUUGGGUCCUUGACUACCACUCUUCCACGGAACUUUAUAAAUACAUUUCUCAGCACUGUCUCAGUCUUACCGAACGCCAAGAGCAAAGCUGAC